AUGGAAGAGAAGCGUGCACCCAGCGGCUCUCCGCCGCAGUCGUCGACGCCUGGCGGCACACACGCCCCCACUCAGCCCUCGGAGGGCGGCCAUCCUCGGACCCACUUCGACGCCGAGAAGCUCGACAAGAAGCUGACGCGCAUGCGUUCCGAUGGCAAGGUUGAGAUCACCGAAGAUGAAUGCUACGACGAGCUCGGCUACAACUUCCCCACUUGGAAAAAGUGGACGAUCCUCACCGUCAUCUUUUGGAUUCAGGUUUCGAUGAACUUCAACACCUCGCUCUACUCGAACGGUCUCACAGGCAUCUCGGAGGAGUUUGGUGUUAGUCUGCAGGCGGCGCGAUGCGGUGCCAUGAUCUUCCUGGUCGCAUAUGCCUUCGGAUGCGAGCUGUGGGCUCCGUGGUCCGAAGAAGUGGGACGAAAGCCCAUCCUGCAGCUCAGUCUCUUCUUGGUCAACAUCUGGCAACUUCCCGUCGCCCUCGCUCCCAACUUUGCCUCGAUCAUGGUAGGACGCUUCCUGGGCGGUCUUUCGUCGGCUGGUGGCUCCGUGACGCUCGGAAUGAUCGCCGACAUGUGGGACGUCGACACCCAGCAGUACGCCGUAGCGUACGUCGUGUUCUCUUCGGUGGGCGGCAGUGUCCUUGGCCCCGUCGUCGGCGGCUUUGUUGAAGCGAACCUGAAUUGGCGGUGGACCAUCUGGAUCCAGCUCAUCUUCGGAGGUGCUGUUCAGCUUGCGCACCUUUUGCUCGUCCCCGAGACUCGUUCGACCAUCAUGAUGGAUCGCAUCGCCAAGAAGUGGCGCAAGUCCGGCAAGAACCCCAACAUCUAUGGACCCAACGAGCUUCGUCCUUUCAAGGAGCGCUUUUCUGCCAAGGAGAUUCUCGUCACCUGGAUUCGACCUUUCCAUAUGUUCCUGACCGAGCCCAUCGUCUUGGUGCUCUCUCUUCUUUCCGGGUUCAGCGACGCGCUCAUCUUUAUUUUUCUGCAAUCGUACUCUCUGGUGUACAAGCAGUGGAACUUCAGCACCGUCGACGUCGGUCUUGCAUUCUUGCCACUUCUGGUCGGAUACUUCAUCGGCUACGGUAUUUACAUCGUUGCCAUCGGGCACAUGCGGAAACUCAAGGCCGCCAAACCGGAUAGCGAGUAUGCGCAGUUCGAGUCGCGUCUUUACUGGCUCUUGUUCGUGGUACCGCUCCUGCCGAUCGGCCUAAUCGGAUUCGCCUGGACCUCGGUCGGCCCGCCUGUCCACUGGAUGGGCACCAUGGUGUUCGCCGCCUGUAUUGGGGUAGGGAACAUUUCUAUAUAUGCUUCUACAAUUGGUCAGUCUUUCUUCACGGUUCCACUAUCGCUUUCGUCGUCACCAACAUCAAACCUGAUGAUGGUGCUGCGAGCAAUCAAGAUGGCGACGAAGACGAGUGUUCCUCCGUGA